CAUCAGCGUGCGCCGGGGAGGUGGCGAGGCCGGCGGAGCUGCGGGAGCCGGCCGGAGUCUGCUCCGGGCCUUCGGGUGUGCCCUUCGCUGCUGGGCGGUGCUGGUGCAGCCGUGGUGGGCAGGGAAAGGCCGUGGUAAUGGGUGGCUGCACAUAUCUUACUGCAACCUGCUGACACAAAAAAACUGUAGCACAUAACAUGGAUUCACAGAAGGACGUUCAGCCUCCAAAGCAACAGCCAAUGAUUUACAUUUGUGGAGAAUGUCAUACAGAAAAUGAAAUAAAGGCAAGGGAUCCUAUCAGGUGCAGAGAAUGUGGCUACAGAAUCAUGUACAAGAAAAGGACAAAAAGAUUGGUAGUUUUUGAUGCUCGAUGAUGUGUGCUGAAGAUAGCGACUUCAUGAUACAAGCUGAUAACUUUGUUCUGUAAAACUGUUUGUGUGUAAAUGCACGCUCUUAUUUGUGUUUUAAGAGAUUGAAAUAUUAAAGUUUACUGUAAUACCAAA